AUGUUCAGAAGUCCGGGAAAAAGUAAACUGAAGCAGCACCAAGCUGAAGGUCAUCAUCAGUACACUUCGCAACGUCAACAAACACAACAAGGUCGUAUUCCACCGCCACCAUCCUCCCAACACCAACAACCAUAUCGUACAACGCAACAAAAUUCUUUCCAUCCCCAUGGGAACUCAAAUUACUCUCCAUUACCAGGUGAUAAUGGUGCCCCCUCUCCCAUAAAGUCAUCAUUUGGAUCAAUUGGUCGUGAGGGGUUUACCGGAGGCUCUGCUACCCCGGGUUCGCCGAGUGAAAUUAGUGCUCACUCCAACCCAGAACAGCAACAUAAACAAACGGGGGACAAGAUUACCGCAGAUUGCUACUCCAAGAGCAUUUUGAGUAAUGGACAAAAGGUACACGAGGUCUCCUACAUAGCACACAUCAGCGUGCAAGAGUUUCCUCACUUCUCCACCCACCCACCGCCACCCAAUGUCAACCCGGGGCCACCAAAGAACAGAAUAUUGGUAUUGUGUAAGAAGUAUUCGGGUAGAAUGUUGUUGCAAAAGGGAAAGUUUCUGGAGGAGGGGCGGUUUCAAGUUGGAAGAACUUGGGAUUUAUCUGAGUUGCUGUUUGUGAAGAAAGCCGGGUCGGACGGAAUGAUUUUGACCAUCACCAAAGAUUACUACUGGAGGUGUGAUGAGGACGAAUCGAGGAUUUGGAAAUUUUGUCGGUAUUUGUGUCAGUACUAUGGAAUCGCCACUGGACAUUAUCCAAGAAUGGAUGGGUUUUCAGUGAAUGAAUUUAUGUUGCCAGCUGUGCCCAAAUCACCAACACAAACUGCUAGUCCGACUUUCCAAUCCAUUCCGAGACAGGAACCCACUAGAACCCAUCUAGCUUCACCAAAACCGGAUUCAACUCAUGCAACAAAAUCAUUGAGACAGAAGAUCAUCCACAAGCCGUCAAUAUUUUCCCUGGAUAAACUGUCUCAUAACGGCAAACAAAAUGUGGAGCAUGUAUCAGCGCCAGCAGCUAAAGCUAAUCCUACACAUAAGAAAACUCUUAGUGGUGGUACAUACAAUGGCUUGGAUUUCACCGUUAAUGGUCAGUUGCCAAAGAAACCCAUGCAGGUCAUGCAAAGAGAUUCCUCUUCAAUGAACAAAUCGCAAACUUCACUUGACCCAAGUUUAAAAGCAUCAUCCUACCAAAGAGAAACCGACCCGGGACAGCAAAAUUUCAAUCAAAUGGCUAAUAGGAACGAUGAUAAAAGCAUUCAAAAUACUACUAAAGAUCAAAGUUAUUAUGCGCCACACGCUGAUUCUAUGACCACGGUGGAUGGUAGACAAAACAGUGGUACCGAAAACAGUCACAAGUCGCAUCCUUAUGCACAAAAGCUUGUGAAUGAGGAUUCGAGAAGUCUUAUGAGUAGUGACUCUCAUAGUUUUGUGUUUGGGGCCAAUGAUUUGAAAGACAGUAAGCAAGAUCAGUCCACAAGGGGUACCGAUUAUAGUACAUCGCCAUAUAAGACCAAAACUACACCUCAGCAGGGCGCUGUCAAAAGUAUGCUCGAGCCUCUUGAAUCAGUUAAGGAGCGUGGCGAUUCAAAACCCGAAUUGAACUACAACAACGGACAAACAUUGGAAGAGUUUCCAUCGGUUGAGCAAGCAAGGGAACGGGAAGGAUCAUCCUCGUCAAUUCCUAGGUCUGCCAAGAACUCAAUAGGCAGCGAGAGGGUCAAUCAUCAAAGAGAUGAUCUUGCUAGUGCUUCUUCUCAAAAGAGAUCUCUGGUAACAGGGCUGGGAGGCGUGUACAGCCAUCAGCGAACGCGACUGCAAGGGGGCUCUUCUUGGAGCUUCAACGAUCGUAAAAGGGAUACAACUGAUCAGUCUGGCGUCUAUAAACAGUCCAACAAUUUGCCUAAUGAUUCAAUGUUUAUCGAAGAGUCCACACAAUUGGAAGGAAGUAACAACGUAGGCAAGCACAUGAAGGAGUUGGAAGGAAUGUUGGAUUCUCAUAUAAGUGGUGGUGUACAUGAUGACUCAUUUGACUUUAAUGAGGUUGUUAACUUGAAUGAUGAGCCCGAGAAACCAAUUGCAACCCAUGCAAAAGCACCUCAGAUAAGCAAUGUUGAUUCUACUUUGGAUGAUGAUGAUGAUGAUGAUGAUGACACUCAUAGUAUUUUGGAAGAAACAUUUGAACCAGGCUUGAACAUAUCUAAGAAAACACCAACUCCUACACAUGAAGGUCUUACUACCCGUUCUUUGUUACCUGACUUCGAAAGAGAUGUGGAAGCUGAGGAGUUGUUGAGAGAAUUGAACUGGAGCUCUAGCAUGGAUGCCGAUACGCUUGUCAAAAGCUUGAACAAAGAGUUGAACAAGACUAAACAGGAGACUGUUAAGAGAUUAGUUGAUAUUGAUUUAUCCACCACUACCGCGAAUGACAUUGGUGCUGCAAGUAGUGAAGUUGAACACAUGCUCCGCAUAUUUCAAAAAAUGGAAAUCAACUUUAAGAUGUUGAAUGCAGACGUGAAUGUUAUCGAUGAGAAUUCGAAAGGAUUGCAGUUGAAAUUUGUCAAUAAAAAGUCAUUGUACGAUGGUUUGAAUGGUAUAUUGUCCAAAGUAUCUGUUGGCGCCGAAGACUUGCGAGAUAUAGGCGAAUUUAAAAACUUUGGCACGACAAGUGCUAUUGGCGCCCUUGAAUCCAAGUUGUUGAAUUUGUACAAUGGUUUGAUCACGAUAAGAUCAGACUCUUCACAUGUUAAUGAUGGACAAGAUUUGAGCUCAUUGAAAGCGUUACAACAAUACAAGAGCAAGUACGAAAGUGUCAGUAGCAGAUUCGUGAGGCAUUUCUAUGAAUUCAUGAAGACUAGGAUUGAUAUUAUUGCUAGAGAAUUGUUGAGCGAUGUGGAAAAUGAGGACCCCAGAUCGAUUUCCCAGCGUUUAUCUCAACUUCUUGUGUACAGUGGAAUUACGUACUAUUUGAAGGAGAUUGGCAAAGACUAUUUUUAUGAAAUCAACAACUUAUUCAAUGUGACAUUUUCAAAAGUCUUGGAGAAAUCAUUGAAGGGCAAAUUGAAGAAGAUGAAAUCUGAUCAAAGGCAACGUCGCUCAAAAUUGGGCUCGUCCCAAAUGGAACCAUCAGCAAUAUCCACAGGGAGAAGACUGCAGAGAUUUUCGUCGACUCCCCCAUUGCAUAAUGAUUCAGAUAUUGAGGAUGAUAUGGAGGAUGAUGAAGAUUUUGCUCCGUUAAGAAAAGGAAGGUCUCUGAGAUUUGCAAGAAAAGGAGCUGGGACCAGUCAGAGUAUCAACAAAAACAGGGAACUUGAUUCGGAAAAGCAGGAGCAGUUGGAGUCUCUAAAGAGGCAUAUGAUCGGCAAAGGAGGGUCUAGCGACGAGUUGGAAGAUUCCAAAUCCGUGAUAGGACUUAUUGAAGGGGCCAAGAUGAUUGUGAUGAUUUUCCAAUAUUUCAUUGUUUCAUUCUUCCAUUAUGAUGCUGCAACGCUUGAUUUUGCCGAGUUUUUAGAAACCAAGCCAUUUGACACUAGAGAGCAGUUUGCUGAUCCUGCGUAUUUUGCCGAUCUUGAUUUCACUGAUAUCGGUAACAAUUAUUCAGUUUCCAAUGAUGUAAUUGUGAACCUUGACAAAGUAUUGGGUGGGUUUAUUACUACGUUUAUCAAGAUUGUCAAUCCUAUUGAUAUCAAUGUACCUGUGAUUUUGUUGCAUAUUGAGGAUAUAAUGAAAUUAGUUCAGGAAUCAAUGAUUAAUCAAGACUUUUUAAUCUACAAUUUUCUUCAAUUGGUUAGUGAAAAGUACGAAAGCCAGUGGAGAAAGUUUGUCAAUGGGCAAAUUGACGCAAUCAAGAGCUCAACGAUUGUUCCAAACAGUGGUAUACUAUCAUCAGUUAAACAAGUCAAUUAUAUCUUGUUGAUCACCGAGACAUCGAUAGGCGGUCGUGACAUCAAGGGAACCAAGGUUCGUGCCAUUAUCGAUAAGACGUAUGUCGAGUUGACCGAUGCGUUAAUCAAUUUGUUUUCAAGAAAGGAUCCAUUAGUGAAUAGUGGAGGGUUUGACGAUAAGGAGCGUGAAUACAAAAAUGUGGCCAUUUUAGAAAACAUCUUUUACAUUUUACAGCAGCUUAAUGAUAUUGGAUCGGCGAACAGUUCCACUAAGAAAUUGCUGGAGAAGUUGACGCAAAAUUUCAAACGAAUUGAGGACAUCUACUUUGCCAAACAAGUUUACAAAUCCAUUGGCAAAUUAGUUGAUUUUAUCGAAGAUUGUGAGAAGUCUUCUGCAAUUGCCUCGUCAACGCAUCAUCAUCAUCAACUGAAUCUGGCAACUCAAUCAAUCAAACAACAACAUCACCACCACCAGCAAAAGAAACUUGCCAAGUCGCUAUUGACGCAAUAUAGUGAGGAUGACAUUAAGGUCAAGGUUGAACUGAUUCAUGAUUCGUUGGAAAAGCAUUUCCGUAAAAGUUAUGAUCAAUCUGGUGGACGUAGCGGUAAUGAUAAUUUAUUCACUCGUGAUUUGAUCGAUAAAUUAUGGAGCGAUUUGGAGACGGUUUUCAUUGAUUAUUUUACAAGGUUGGGAAAGAUUUUGAGGCUGCAUUUCGAUAGAGAGAUGGAUUAUCAUGUGGGAAGACAGGAUAUACAUCACAUAUUUAGAUCGAUUAGAGGGUAA